UGGGAACGAAAGUACCAAUAUUUCCAACAUGGCGGUGACGUUGUAUGCUUUUCUUGAAGCGAUGUUGCUUCUCGUUAACGCAGUUGCCAUUCUAAACGAGGAAAGAUUCUUAUCAAAAGUAAUUGGCUGGGCCCGUGACCAGAUAAACCAGUCUCAAGGAUUCGGUCAUGAAGAAAAGGGAAUCAAACAACAGAUAGCAAAUUUAGUGCAUGCCGUGAGAACUGUUAUGAGAGUGCCGCUUAUUUUUCUCAAUGGCUUAGCGAUAGUAUUGGAAUUGUUAUUGGGAUGAAGUCUAGUCAAUGAAAUGAACAGUAAUGUACACGAAUAGAAAUGAACGGCUCUAUUGGAAAAAAUAAUAUGACUUCGUUUUGUACAGAAAGAACUUUAAUAAUUGUAAUGAUACAUCAAAGAGAAUCGUAUGUACAAGGAUGUA